UUCUCCAUUUCCCGCCCACACCCCAGUAGCCACAGUUUUGUAUCAGUUGUAUUCAAGAGUUCUGAGUGAAUCUUCUCUUCUCCUUGUGAUAUAUUUGGGGUUUGGUCUCCAUCAGAGCCAGUUGUUCAGGGAAAGAGGGAACUCUACCAAGGGAGAUCGUAAUGGAGAGCACUGGAAUUAAAGUGCUGGAAACAGCAGAAGAAAUCCAGGGAAGACGACGAGAAGUGUUGAGUCGGUACCAGCGUUUCAAACAGCUUGUUACUGAACGUGGUCAAAAGCUUGAAGAUUCCUAUCACUAUCAGGUUUUCAGGCGAGAUGCAGAUGACCUGGAGAAAUGGAUCUUGGAGAAACUCAAGAUUGCUUCUGAUGAAAAUUACAAAGACCCAACUAACAUACAGGGGAAAUAUCAGAAACAUCAAUCCUUUGAAGCUGAAGUACAAGCAAAAUCUAGAGUGAUUCCAGAGCUGGAAGAAAUCAGACGAGUUCGAUUUGCUGAAGGACAUUUUGCUCAUGAAGACACCAAGGAGCAUCUGGAAGAACUGAAGAAACUGUGGGAUUUGCUUUUAGAGCUGACUAAGGAGAAGGGCACUCGGUUGUUGCAGGUCCUGAAGCUGCAGCAGUACUUGCAGGAGUGCGCUGACAUCCUUGAGUGGAUCAGUGACAAAGAAACCAUUGUGACAUCAGUAGAACUGGGUGAAGACUGGGAGAGAGCUGAAGUUCUGCACAAGAAAUUUGAGGAGUUCCAGGUGGAUCUGGCAGCUCGUGAGGGGCGAGUGGCUGCAGUGAAUGAGUUUGCCAACCAGUGUGCCCAGGAAGAUCAUUCGCAACUGGAACUAAUCAAGACAAAGCAGGAUGAAGUAAAUACCAAUUGGCAGCGUCUCCAGGGCUUAGCUCUCCAGAGACGAGAAACUUUGUCUGAUGCUGCUGACUUGCAACGCUUCAACAGGGAUGUAGCUGAAGCUAUUCAGUGGAUCAAGGAGAAGGAGCCUCUUCUUACCUCGGAAGACUUUGGCAAAGAUCUGGUUAGCUCUGAAGCCCUGUUCCACAGUCACAAAGGGCUGGAAAGGAGCCUAGCUGUCAUGGAAGACAAGGUAAGAGAGCUGUGUGCUAAGGCAGAUAAGCUACAGGUCUCCCAUCCCUCAGAUGCACGUGAGAUCCAGGAGAAGAAAGAAGACCUCUCCUCUAACUGGGCACUAAUCCGGGCUCUAGCCACCAAAAGAUAUAAGAAGCUUCAGGCUUCAUACUGGUACCAACGCUUCCUCUCCGACUUUGAUGAACUCACAGGCUGGAUGGGAGAGAAAACAGCCCUUAUCAAUGCUGAUGAGCUGCCAACAGAUGUGGCAGGUGGGGAAGCCCUGUUAGACAGGCACCAACAGCAUAAGCAUGAAAUUGAUUCCUAUGAAGACCGAUUUCAGUCAGCUGCAGAAACUGGCCAGUAUCUGUUGGAUGCUGACCAUGAGGCAUCUGAAGAAGUUUGUGAAAAGAUGACUGCUCUUGACAACGAUCACGCUGCACUGCUGGAAUUAUGGGAGAGACGUCGUCAUCAAUACGAGCAGUGCCUGGACCUACACCUCUUCUAUCGAGAUAGUGAGCAAGUGGACAGCUGGAUGAGCAGACAGGAGGCAUUCUUAGAGAAUGAGGACUUGGGGAACUCUCUGGGCACUGUUGAAGCCCUUCUUCAGAAGCAUGAGGACUUUGAGGAGGCCUUUGGUGCCCAGGAAGAGAAAAUUACAACACUGGACAAGACAGCAACCAAACUGAUCGACAAUGACCAUUAUGAUUCAGAGAACAUCGCUGGGAUCAGGGAUGGGCUUUUGGCAAGGCGAGAUGCCCUCCGUGACCGUGCUGCUUCCAGGCGAGGGAAGCUGAAAGAUGCCCUGCUUCUGCAACAGCUCUACCAAGACUCAGAUGACCUAAAGAACUGGAUCAAUAAGAAGAAAAAAUUAGCAGAUGAUGAGGAUUACAAGGACUCACAGAACCUAAAGAGCCGAGUUCAAAAGCAACAAGUAUUUCAAGAGGAGCUGAUGGCUAAUGAGGUUCGCCUCAACAACCUGAAAAAAACUGGCCAGGAGAUGAUUGAUGGCAACCACUAUGCCUCUGUUAAUGUGACUGCCCGAAUUAAUGAGGUCACUGCCCUCUGGAAGGAGCUCCUAGAAACAACAGAGCAGAAAGGAUCCCAGCUGCAUGAAGCCAAUCAGAAGCUACUAUUUGAACAGAAUGUGGAGGAUUUAGCCCGCUGGCUGGAGGAAGUGGAGGGUCAGGUUGCCUCUGAAGAUUAUGGGAAAGGCCUGGCUGAUGUCCAGAAUCUCCUUCGGAAACAUGGACUCUUAGAGACCAGUGUGAAUGCUCAUCAGGACCAAGUAGACACAAUUACAGACCUAGCUGCCUAUUUUGAGGAGGUGGGACAUCCUGAUGCUGAAGAAAUGAAAUUAAGGCAGGAAUCUCUGGUGUCAAGUUAUGAGUCCCUGAAGGAACCAAUGGACAAAAGGAAGAGGAAGCUCAUUGACCUUCUGCUACUGCAACAGAUCUGCCGGGACACAGAAGAUGAGGAGGCUUGGAUUCAAGAGACAGAACCUUCUGCUGCCUCCACUUACCUUGGAAAGGACCUGAUUGCUGCUCAGAACCUGCUGAAUAGGCACCAGGUCAUUUUGGCUGAUAUUGACAGCCAUGAACCCCGAAUUCAUGCCAUCACAGAGAGAGGCAACAAAUUGGUAGAUGAAGGGCACUUUGCUGCAGAGGAUGUAGCCUCUAGAGUAAAGAGCAUGAAUGAGAACAUGGAGUCCCUUCAGGCUCGGGCUGCCCAGCGACAGUGUGACCUGGAGGACAAUGUCCAUUUCCAGCAGUACCUUGCAGAUCUACAUGAAGCAGAAACCUGGAUUCAGGAGAAGGAGCCCAUUGUGGACAACACAAACUAUGGGGAUGAUGAGGAAGCUGCUGGGGCUCUUCUGAAGAAGCACGAAGCUUUCCUAGUGGACCUUAAUGCCUUUGGAACCAGCAUGAAGGCUCUGAGGAAGCAGGCAGAUGCAUGCCGGCAACAAGCUGCACCUAUGGAAGGGGCUGCGCAGGAAGAACGGGUCAUAGCUUUAUAUGACUUCGAGGCCAGGAGCCCCAGAGAAGUCACCAUGAAGAAAGAUGAUGUCUUAACCCUGCUCAGCUCUAUCAACAAGGACUGGUGGAAGGUAGAAGCUGAUGAUCAUCAGGGCUUUGUCCCAGCUGUGUAUGUCAGGAGAUUGGCCAGGGAUGAGCUCCCCAGGCCUGAGAGGCGGCGUCGAGAAGAGCCAAGUGACAUUGCCCAACGCCAGGAGCAAAUUGAUAAUCAGUACCACUCUCUUCUGGAGAGGGCAGAAGACCGUCGGCGUCGCCUUUUACAGCGAUACAAGGAGUUCCUGCUAGCUUAUGAGGCUGGAGACAUGCUGGAUUGGAUCAGAGAGAAGAAGGAAGAAAACACUGGAGUAGAACUAGAAGAUGUCCAUGAGCUGCAAAAAAAGUUUGAUGACUUCCAGACGGAUCUGAAGACCAAUGAACCUCGACUUCAGGACAUUAACAAAGUGGCUGAUGAUCUUCGUUUAGAAGACCUUUUAACUCCAGAAGGUGCUGAAAUCCAGCAGGAGUUAAAUAGCCGCUGGGAUUCCCUCCAGAGACUUGCAGAGGAGCAGCGCCUGCUGCUGGGCAGUGCUCAUGCUGUCCAAAUGUUCCACAGAGAUGCAGAGGACACCAAGGAACGCAUUGAGAAGAAGCAUCAGGCCUUGAGUGCUGCAGACCCUGGCUCAGAUCUGUUCAGUGUUCAGGCGCUUCAGCGUCGCCAUGAUGCUUUUGAGAGGGAUUUGGAACCUCUUGGAGAAAAGGUGACUACUUUGGGAGAGACAGCAGAGAGGCUCAUUGAGACUCACCCAGAUGCCACUGAGGACCUGCGCAGGCAACAGGUUGAGCUUGACGGGGCCUGGGAUAAUUUGCUUCGGCGCACAGAAGAAAGAAAGGAUGACCUGAGCGAGGCGCAGAAGCUCUAUUUGUUCCUCAAUCAGGCCAGGGAAAUAUUGUCGUGGAUCAAUAGCAUUCGUGGCCCUGUGUCAUCAGUGGAAUUGGCUGAGGACCUCACAGGAACUGAAAUCUUACUUGAAAGACAUCAGGAACACCAUGAUGAGAUGAAGGCUGAAGCUCCUACAUUCCAGGCCCUAGAAGACUUUGGUAUCGACCUUCUAAGCAGUGGCCACCGGGCUGGCCCUGAGAUAGAAGGGAAGUUGCAAUUGGUGAGACUUGAAAGAGAUGAUUUGGAGAAAUCUUGGGAGCGGCGAAAGAAGAUGCUUGAUCAAUGUCUGGAUUUCCAGCUGUUCCAAGGAGAUUGUGAGCAAGCAGAGAGCUGGAUGGUGGCCCGAGAGAGUUCUCUGAGGACAGAUGACAAAAGCUCACUGAGUAGUCUGGAGGCCUUGAUGAAGAAGCGUGAUGAUUUAGAUAAGGCAAUCAAUGCCCAGGAAGAAAAGAUAAAUUCACUGAAAAGUUUUGCAGAGCGGCUCAUAGAUGAUGACCACUAUGCCAAGAAAGAAAUUGCUGACCGGCUUCAGAGAGUGUUGGACAGGUGGAAUGCUCUCAAAGGACAGAUGAUUGCAGAAAGAGAACAGCUUAGUGAUUAUGCAGACCUGAAACAAUUCUACCGUGACAUUGAAGAUUUGUCAGAUUGGAUCAAUGAGAUGAUGCCAACAGCCUGUGAUGAGUCCUACAAAGAUCCCACUAAUAUCCAGAGAAAAUACUUGAAGCAUCAGACAUUUGAAAAUGAAGUCUUCGGCCGGAAUGAUGAAGUCGAAAAUGUCAUCAAACUGGGGAACUCCCUUAUUGAUCGCAGAGCAUGUGAUGGCCAGGAGGAAGAUGUGAAGGAACGAGUGUCUAGACUUAGUGAACACUGGAACCAGCUCCUGGAGAAAACCAAAGACAAAGGGCAGAAAUUGAACGAGGCAAGCCGGCAACAGAGGUUCAACACAGGCAUCCGUGACUUUGAAUUCUGGCUCUCUGAGGCAGAGACACUACUGGCGAUGAAAGAUCAAGCCAGGGACUUGGCUUCAGCAGCCAACUUACUUAAGAAGCAUCAACUGUUGGAAACAGAAAUGUCAGCUCGUGAGGACUUUCUCAAAGAUCUGAAUGAACUGGCUACUCACUUAAUCGACAGUGGGGCUUUCAAUGCUGAUGAGAUCAAGGAGAAACGGGAUAAUAUCAAUAACCGAUUCCGGAAUGUCCAGGACCUGGCUGCUGCGCAUCACAAAAAGCUCAAGGAGGCCCAUGCUCUUUUCCAGUUUUUCCAGGAUCUGGAUGAUGAGGAAUCCUGGAUUAAGGCAAAGCUUCUACGAGUGAGCUCCAAGGACUAUGGACGGGAUCUUCCUGGUGUUCAGAACCUACAAAGGAAACAUAAACGCCUGGAAGGGGAGCUGGAUGCCCAUGAACCAGCUAUCCAGGGAGUGUUGGAGACUGCAGAAAAACUGAAAGACAGUGAUGCUGUGGGGCGAGAGGAGAUCCAAGAGAGGCUGGCUCAGCUGGUGCAGCAUUGGAAUGAGCUGAAGGAGUUGACCAAGAUUCGUGGGCUCCGACUAGAUGAGUCCCAACAGUAUCUUCAGUUCAUUGAGAAUGUUGAGGAAGAAGAGGCCUGGAUCAAUGAGAAGACAGCUCUUGUUGCCCGAGGGGAUACAGGAGACAUAUUACCUGCCACACAGAGCUUACUUAAGAAGCAUGAAGCUUUGGAGAAUGAUUUUGCAAACCAUGAGAUUAAAGUUCAGGAAAUAUGCAUUGAAGGAGAAGACCUUCUGGGCAAGGAGGACACACAGCACAAAGACAAAAUCACAGCCAAGAUCAAUGGUCUGAAGUCAAAGAUCCCUGCUUUAGCCAAAGCAAUGGCAGCCUGGAAGGCCCAGUUGGACGAGGAUGCUGCUUUCCAAUUGUUUAACUGGAAGGCUGAUACAGUAGAGUCCUGGAUAGCUGAAAAAGAAUCUUCCCUGAAGACCAAUGGUAAUGGAGGAGACCUUGCUGCUUACCGUAUGCUACUCACUAAGCAGGAUACACUGGAUGAUGGCCUGAAAAGCUUUGAGCACAAACGGCUGUCAGAAAUAACAGACUUAAAAGACCAACUGGUGGCAGGGGAACACAGCAGGGCAAGUACCAUCGAGGACCGGCAUGCCGCCCUUCUUGAACGCUGGGACCAGCUACUGGCUGCUGCUGCAGCCCGAAGGGCAAAGCUGCUGGAGGAGCAGCUCCCCCUUCAGAAGGCUGAAGAGUUAUUCUUGGAGUUUGCCCAGAAGGCUUCAGCCUUCAACAACUGGUGUGAGAAUGCAGAAGAGGACCUCUCUGAACCUGUACACUGUGUCUCCUUAGAAGAAAUCCAACAACUUCAGAAGGACCAUGAGGCCUUUCUGGUCUCCCUCCAGGGAGCUCGAGCUGACUUUGACCACUUGGUAGAGCUGGAUCAGCAAAUUAAGGCUUUGAACAUGCCCUCCAGUCCCUAUACCUGGUUAACCGUGGAAGUUCUAGAAGGCAUCUGGUUGAAUCUGCCCAAUAUCAUCAAGGAAAGAGAGCAGGAAUUGCAAAAAGAGGAAGAGAGACAAAUGAAGAAUCGUGAGCUCUGCCAAGAGUUUGAACAAGAGGCCAGUGCAUUCUCCCAGUGGAUCCAGGAAACCAGAGCUUAUUUCCUAGAUGGAUCAUUGCUCAAGGAAACUGGAACCCUAGAAUCCCAGCUGGAAGCUAAUAAACGGAAGCAGAAAGAAAUUCAAGUGAUGAAGCGUCAGUUGAACAAGAUUGAGGACCUGGGAGAUAUCAUGGAGGAUGCUCUGAUCUUGGACAUCAAAUACAGCACCAUUGGAUUAGCCCAGCAGUGGGAUCAGCUCCACCAGCUAGGAAUAAGAAUGCAACACAAUCUAGAGCAACAGAUCCAGGCCAAGGACAUGAUUGGUGUGAGUGAAGAGACGCUAAAGGAAUUUAGCACAACCUAUCAACAUUUUGAUGAGACCUUGUCUGGAAGGCUGAGUCACAAGGAAUUCCGGUCCUGUCUCAGAGGCCUCAAUUACUAUUUGCCCAUGGUGGAGGAAGGGGAACCCGAACCCAAGUUUGAGAAAUUCCUAGAUGAUGUGGAUCCAGGAAGGAAGGGCUACAUCUCACUGGAGGAAUAUACCUCAUUUCUGAUUGACAAGGAGUCCGAGAACAUAAAGUCCAGUGAAGAAAUUGAAAAUGGCUUCCAGGCCCUGGCUGAGGGAAAGCCUUACAUCACAAAGGAUGACCUGAAACAGGCCCUCACUCCAGAGCAGGUACAAUUCUGUGCCUCUCGAAUGCAGCCCUACACAGAUCCUCGGGUCGUACUGCUGGCUAUGACUAUGUUGGAUUCACAAAUUCAUACUUUGGUAACUGAUGAGGAGAUGUUAAUGUGACUAGGGAAGGAGGAGGAUUGAAGAGUAUAUUUUAUACCCUGGCAUAUUUACAAGAACUCCAUGUUCAGAUGUGUCUGGGUAUUGGGGGGAGAGGGUGUGUUUGUGGAUUAAUAAAGCUGAGAUCUCUGUCAUGGGAUGAUCUGAAUUAAAGUCCUACUAAUCCAAACUGAGGCUUUAUACUUUCUAGAAUUAAUAGAUUCAUGGCUAAAUACAAAUGGUUUUUAAUUCACCCUAAAGGAGAAGAUUGGUAUGGAUAAUCGCCAGGUAAUUUUCAUCUAAUACUGAAAUAUAUUUUUAUUGUGGUAUGCCAUUAAAGAAAGUAUGACCUAGAAAAACUUGGUGAAGAUGACAAAAAUAAAGAGUCCUAUCUAUAAAACCAACUACCUUUAGAAGGUGAGGAUUUCCCCAAUGACACUACAAUGAAAUGAUAGAGGACACCCACUCAAUAGUGUUUGAGAAGGUCCCUUGACAAUGAUAUGUCACUGAGGGCAUUGAUUGAGUCAAGAUAAUUAGAGAUUUAAAUCAUAUUGUUGGACUUGAGCCUAUAAAAUGGAACUAGCUAAUGUUCCAAAGAUGAGAGAUCUUGAAAGAGCUAAAUAUAGGCAAAAAUCAGAUUAGGCUAGUGUCCUUGUCUCACUAAACUGCCUACCCUCAAAGCAACCAUUAGACCCCAGAUAUAAGUCAGCAGCUAGAGGCAACUGUGAAAAAAUUGGUACUUCUAGCCCCAGCCUUUUGGAGAUAAUAGGAAUGCUUCAGUUCAAUUCUUUUUCCCUGAGUCUAGUCUCCUAAGAAGGAAGAAUCUCCUAAGAAGGAAGAAAUAACAUUCAAUCCCUUGAUCUAGUGUUCACGAAAGAAUUAGAUCUGUACUCAAGUCCCUAGACCUAACCUUCAGGAUGGAAGAGCAACAGGAAUGGUCCAGAUAUGAAAGUGCAAACUUGAACUUUGCCCUCCACUAAUGACUUCCAAUGGGAAGGGAAUCAACUCUCCAGGAACUCCAAAUGGAAAGUCUCUUUUGUGAAAUCUCCAAAUCUUAGGGUAAUACUUUAAGUCUGAUACAUUAUAAAAAUCUCUUGUAGAAGGUAAUACUCACUAGAGUUGAAAGAAGAGUUGGCAUGACUACUUAUUGCUUAUUAAUAGUUGUGUACAUAUGUGUGUGUUUUCUUCUUUAUUUGGAGCUUAGGGUUUCCUAGUAUAAUACAAUAACACUGUAAACAUUUAACAAAUGUUUACUUCAUACCAGACAUUGUGCUAAGUGUUGAGGAUGCAAAUUAAAA